AUGCCUGGUGAUGAUAAUACUGUUAUUAACUCCCCUGGUGCUACCUUGGUUAGCAAAAUUGAUGCAGGUGAUCCUCUGUUUCUUCACCCUAGUGACUCUGCUAAUUUAUCUAUAGUUAGUGUAAAACUCAAAGGGUCAGAAAACUAUAGGAUCUGGUCUAAUGCCAUGUACCUUGCUUUACAAGUAAAAAACAAGAUAGGGUUCGUUGAUGGCUCUUGUCUUAGGUCUAAAACUGAUGAGGUUUUGGGUAGGCAAUGGGAUAGGUGCAACUCUAUUGUGCUCACUUGGAUCCUUAACUCUGUUUCUGAAGAAUUAUAUCUUGGUCUUGUUUAUUCUAAAAUUGCUUCAGAUGUGUGGAAAGACUUAAAAGAUACUUAUGAUAAAAUUGAUGGGUCUGUUGUGUUUAACAUGUAUCAAAAGAUUAACUCCUUCAGUCAAAAUGGCAUGCCUAUUUCUGAGUAUUAUCAUAAGUUGAAUUGCAUGUGGAAGCAAUUAGACCAACUACUUGCCUUGCCUGCCUGUUCUUGUGAUGCAUCCAAACAAUUUAAUGACUUUAAUCAUCUUAUUAAGCUUAUGCAAUUCUUAAUGGGUCUUGAUAGUUCCUACCAGUCUGUGAGAACAAAUUUAUUAACCAGAGAAACUCUUCCUUCUGUGAAGGAUGCCUUUUCUGUCAUUUCUAGAGAAGAAUCUCAUCUUCACUCUAAGAACAUUUUUGAUAAAACUCCUAACAACCCUGUUGGGUUUUCUGUUAAAACUGGUCAAACUAUUGACUCAAGAAAAAGAAAUAACCGAACUCUUAAUCCUAAUCUCAAAUGUUCUCACUGCAAUAAGACUGGGCACACUAUUGAAAAAUGUUUUGAACUUGUUGGUUACCCUUCUUGGAUAAAAACAAAACCUGGUGGGAACAAGGGUAACAAAGUUAGUAAUAAUGUUACGGCUGACACAACUGAUACAACCCCUGCUAUGAGUUCUUUGUCCAAUGAUCAGAUAGCUCAGUUGCUUAGUCUCUUGAAUGAUAAACCUAAGGGUGAUCCUCAGAGUAGUGGAUUUGCUGGUAUGUGUGUUAAUCCUGUUUGUCUAAAUAGUUUUGUGAAUCUGUCUGCUAAACCUAUCUGUGAUUUCAAACCUGUUUUCUGUUUUUCGAACUUUAUCAAUGAUGGAAAAAAGGUAGGAUGGAUAGUUGAUUCCGGUGCCAAUCAACACAUGGUAAUGACGGAUGAGUGUCUAAUUAAUCAAAAGGAUGUAACUGAGUUCAAUAUCAAAGUUAAACAUCCAAAUGGCACUAGUGCCUUAGUAACUAAAAUUGGUGAUAUUAAACUAAGUGAUAAGGAUUCUCAAACACAGAAAGUCCAGGUGACUGGUAGUCAGUUUGAUGGUCUAUACUUCUGUGGUCACCCUGCUGAACCUGUUUUGCAUGUUCUUAAAAAUAAUCUAAACAUUAAAACUGGUGCCAAACUAAAUCCUUGUGAAACAUGUCAUAAAGCUAAGCAGCAUCGGGAACCUUUCCCUUUAAGUGAUCAUAAAUCUGAAGCGCUAGGAGAUCUUAUUCACCUUGAUGUGCGGGGUCCAUAUAGAGUUCAAAGUAGGGAGGGGUUUCGAUAUUUUCUCACUAUGGUUGAUGACUAUUCUAGAGCUGUGUGGGUAUAUCUCAUGAAAUCAAAGGAUGAAGUCUUUUACAAUAUUAAAGGUUUCUAUAACUUCCUUAAAACACAGUUUAGUAAAUCUGUCAAGAUCUUUAGGAGUGACAAUGGUACUGAGUUUACAAACAAACAAAUGAGUAAUUUUUGUUAUGAAAAUGGGAUUUUACAUCAGACUUCAUGUGUUCAUACACCACAGCAAAAUGGGAUAGUUGAGAGAAAGCAUAGACAUUUGUUGAAUGUAGCUAGGACUUUACUUUUUCAAGGUGGUUUUCCUAUUAAAUUCUGGUCUGAGUGUAUUCUAACUGCAUCUUAUCUAAUUAACAGGACACCUUCAUCUAUUUUGAGUGGAAAGUCUCCAUAUGAACUUGUGUUUGGUUUUUCUCCUGUUUUAGGUCAACUUAGGGUUAUAGGGUGUCUUUGUUUCAACACUGUGUUAAACAACUCUGAUAAGUUUACCACACAUGCAGAAAAAUGUGUUUUAGUUGGAUAUUCAAAUGAAAAAAAAGGGUACAAGCUUUGGAGUUUAGAUCAAAAAAUGAUGUUCUUCUCUAGGGAUGUUAGGUUCUAUGAAACCGUGUUCCCUUUUAAGGAAAAGAAAACUUUUUCAGAUCCUAAUACUCCUACUGAAGUUAAUACCCUUAACUUUUUUGACUUAUCUGAUUUAAAUUCACUCAAAUACCCCAAGUUGACCCAAUUCCCGAUGAUGAGAAUACACAUACAAAUACUUCAACAGGUCAUGGGUCUGAGCAGUCUGAAAACGAUGUAG